CUUUGCUGCAUGCCCUUCCUAUUCUUUCCAGUUUCAGACAUUUCCAAGGGCACAUUACCCAGUAAGACUACCAUCCCCAUCUGUGUAUCUUCAAGAGCAAAUCUGCAGAAGAGAAAUUAUUAGCAGCAGCAAAGGCACAGGAGUGUUCAUCCCAAGGUCAUCACAACCAACAAGAAAGCAUUAUAAUAAUAAACAAGGAAGGAACACUUCUUUCAGCACAAAGUCUAGUGGCCAACUGGGCAAUACUACAAAAAUGGUUUCUCAAGCAUCACCUUAUGUUCAUUCUUUUCACACAAGAAAAGGCUGAAGGAUACACACACAUCUUAUUAAGUGUGUAUAUGAUUUGAUUACUAUUAUGCUUGAUCAUAGUUAUUAUCUUCUUCUAAUAAUAAUUGUUUCUGUUAGUGAGUAUUAAAGAGGUUCAUUACCAAAGGGUAGUGCCUCCUUAGAUCUUGGAAAUGUCUAGUGAUUGUUGUACAAGUGUGAUAUAAAGGAAAAAUAAGUACAUCUUCUCUUAAAUGUAAAGGCUAUAUAUAGUAUGCUUAUAAGGUAGAUGGCUAAUCUUUGUUAUUAUCUGCC